GACGAGCGGGCCUAAGAUGUCGGGUCCCCCCGCGCCGCUGUAACCGCUUCAGGUUCCCCGCUGCCUCCCUCCUCCACCACCACCACCACCAACAACAACACACCCCCCCCUCGUCUCGCCACAACAACAACAACAACCACCCCCGUCCCAACGCAGCCGCCGUCUCCUCGGCAGCGUGAGACCUCCCGGCCGUGUCGCUGUCCCUCACGCUGCUGCUGCUGUCCUCCUCCCCCAUGCCCCUCAUGGUGUCCGUGUCCCGCAGGUGCGGCUCGGGUCGGGCCGCGGGGCCGUCGGGACGAAGCGACUCGUGCACAACGCGGCGGCGGCGGCGGUGGUGGUGGUGGGGAGACGGCAGCAGAGAAUUGUACCUGUACUUACGAAGACUUGAAGGAAAUGGAGCAACAGGAGAUGGACGACGUGUGCGGAGAAAAUGAGAUCAACUUGCACGGAGAGCACGUGCAUGUAGAAAAUGGAAGUGGAGGGAGGGGUGUCCAGUGUGAGAAGUUGACUUUACAAGAAGACCCACCGCCGUGCGGAACGUGGCAGCAGGAGGAGGAGGAAGAAGACCACACGGCGAUGCGGCGAGGGGAGAGUGCGGAGACACAGGAGGGGGGUGGAGGAGAGGAGACCCUCACGUUGGCGGAGAGUGGAAGACGGUGGGACACCGGUGACGACCACACGGAGAUGCAGCGAGGGGAGAAGGUGGAUACGCAGACGAGGGACGCAGGAGAGGAGACCUUCGCCGUGGCGGAGAGUGGGAGACGGGGGGACACCGAUGAUGACCACACGGCGAUGCAGCGAGGGGAGAAGGUGGAUACGCAGGAGAGGGACGCAGGAGAGGAGACCUUUGCCGUGGCGGAGAGUGGGACACGGGACACCGAUGACGAGUUUGAGGAAGAUGGCGUUAGAGCAGAGGAGCUCUCAGACCUUCCGGAGGACGCAGAGAUCCUGCGGAGAGAGCUGAUUCUGUGUCGUAAGCGGCUGCAGAAAGCCGAGCAGCUUCACGGCACAGUUCAGCGCUACAAUGAUGAUCUGCGUGCUCAGGUGGAGGUGCUUAGCAAGCAGGUGCACGAAUUGAAGAAGUGUCGGAGGCAGAAGACGAAUGCGGAAACCCAAACUGAUGACAGUGCCUACACUGCCCAGCUUGGCUACGAGUAUGGGCUUUCGGAGUAUCAAUCAGUAGAGGCGGCGGAGUCUGAGCAGCAGCAGCCGCAGCAGCCUCUGGAAAAUUCAACAUCACGGAUUCAAGAUCCGACCGUGGAAGCCGCAGCCGCAGAGGCGGAGGCGGAGGGGGUGUCGCUGGCGGACAGCCUACGAGCAGCGGCCGAGGACGCCAUGCAGCAGUCGGGCAUGGUGUACGACGAGGGAACGGGACUGUACUACGACUACACCACGGGGUUCUACUACGACGCUACCACACAAAUGUAUUAUGACCCCAACAACGGGCAUUACUAUUACUUCGACAGCGAGAAGGGUACAUAUGAAUACUACACGUCAGUUGACCUCCAGCCAGCAGAGGGCACCACCAAAACCAAGAAGAAAAAAACUAAGAAAAAGGAUUUGGAGAAAGAAGAAAAAGCUCGCCGUAGUCCAAAGCGGCGCAGCAGGGAGCGGAAACGUGGCCGGGAGGCAGAGCGGGAGAGGUCUAAAAAGCGGCUCAAAACAUCGGGGCGGCACCACAGAAAGGCCGCCGUCGACUGUAUCACGGACGAUGAAGAUGAGGAAAGGGAAAGGAGGGAAAAGAGGAGGAGGCGCAGGCGGAGGAGUAGUUCCACAGAGCGCGGUAGCGAGACGGAGGAGGGGGAGAUAUCGGAUUCGGAAGACUCCGCCUCGACCAGUAGCCACAGCUCCUCCGAUAGCAGCACCCAAAGUAACGUCUGCGAUGACUCGGAAGAGCAGCAGUGGCCACCCUGCAUCAGGGUGAUGGUGGUUCGCUCUCCAGUUCUCAAUCUGGGCACUCUCUUCAUCAUCACAUCGGACACCAUCGCCACUAUCGGCAGGGCAAAGGACAUGGACCACACCAUCAGCAUUCCAGAAAUGGGUGUCAGCAAGUUUCAUGCAGAAGUGCACUUUGACCCUGAGAGGCAGAAGUAUGUCCUCAUGGACCAGGGCAGCCAGAACGGGACUAUCAUCAAUGGAAACAGAAUCCUGCAGCCAAAAGAGCACAGCGACCCCCACCCUCUGGACCAUGGUGAUGAGGUGAAGUUUGGGGAGACCGUGCUCUCCUUCCACAUCCACCCCGCCUCCGAGACGUGCGAUGGCUGCGAGCCGGGGCAAGUUAUCGCGCACCUGCGUCUGAACCAGAAGCAAGCUCCACAGACUGGUUUUUCGUUGCUGAGCAAGAAAGAGAAGGAGAAAAUUCGCCUCAAGGAGUUGAAACAGAUGAAAGCGAAAUAUGGCCUUCAGGGGAGUGCGCACGAGGACCAGGAGGUGCUCAACAACUCCAAGUACGCGAACCGUGCAGAGCAACGCAGACGCACCGUGGGGAGCGAGCACCCCCACCACAAGGACGACGCGCCGGCCUCCUUGCACGAGGAGAUCGACAGAGGGAACAAGGGGCGGAAGCUGCUUGAGAAGAUGGGUUGGAAGCACGGAGAGGGCCUGGGAAGGGACAGUGCUGGCAUUAAGGAACCGAUCAAGCCGCAUGCGAUGAACAAACAGGCAGGGCUGGGCUCGGCUCCUCAACUCCCUGCCGACUCUCCCCUCCUGGCGGCCGGAAACAGCCGCCGAGCCCAGAACUGGGAAAAGGCACGGGAGCGAUUCGAAUCGUUCGCGACGCAAAAGAGCAAAGCUGCUCCUCAUCCUCCUAAGAAGGGCCAGUGGGUCUUAGGGAGUGGAAAGAAAACUUGAUGAUGUCGUCUAUUGUGUAUACAUUAAGGAGCGGUGUAUAUUUGUAAACAUGCAGGUGAAUGCAGGAAGUACAUUUUGUAUUCUAUACUGGGAAGUAUUUUUAAAAAACGCUUGGAUGUACUUUUUUUCUGAACCAUUUGUGAGCAUAUUCUUGGUUCUUUCGGUAAAGUCACGUAGAAGGGAAAUAAUAAAAUAAUAUUAAACAAUUAAAAUUAUCACGACGUUUCACACCUGAUAAUGCUUGCUUGUGUUGCAGUCGAAACGUGAGAAUUUUUAUUGUUUUAUAUUAAUAUAAUUUUAUUAUUUCCCUUCUACGUGACUUUACCGAAAGAACCAAGAAUAUGAAUCCCUGUAGUCACGAAAGCUUUAAAUCAAGAUUCACUUGUGUAACUGGUUGCUCACAGUAGAGGCAACCUCUAUGUGCAAGCUAUUUUGAGUGAGUUGGUUGUGCAACUGUUGGCUCAUGUGUGAGCCCAACUAAAGGUAAAGGGGUGACAGGGAAACAUCGAGGGGAGCUCAAGCUAGUAAAUUCGGAUUUGGAGCCAGGAAUGUGUGUAUCAAGCAAGCAAAGUGACCAAGGGUGAUUCUAGAUCUGAGGUUUUCGUAACUGCAAGGAUCCAUACUCUUUGGAUCUUUCGGUAAAGUCACGUAGAUGAAAAAUAAUGAAAUGAAAAUAACUAAAUUAAAUCACGACGUUUCGGAGGCAACACAAGCUUCCGUCAUCAGGGGGAACAGCCACAGCAAAAUUACUGAAUUUACAGCAAAAUUACUGAAUUUACAGCAAAAUUACUGAAUUUACAGUAAUUUAGCUGUAAAUUCGUCAGAUGCCAGAUGAAAACUAAUGGGAGAGAAUAAAACGUACUUUUAUGCAAAUUCUCUCGAGUUCUGUUUAAAAUGCAUCUUUGUACGUGUAUAGGUUGUGUUAUAUUGUUUUGAUACAUUUGAAUGCAAAAUAUUUUUGAAUGAUUAAUUUAGAAGUAGUCAUCGAAUGUACCCGUAUUGUAAUCUGUAUAUGGCCAUGAAUUUUACACGCAAAAAUUUUCACAUUUGGCAUGGUACCAGCACAUGUGUAUAAAUAAAAAAAAUGCUUCAAA